AGCUCCAGUUCCCAGAAGAGGCAUUUGAUUCUCCAAAGGGUGCUGACCGGUGCAUGGGCCAUCCUUUGCAUCCUGCUGGGAAUGGCUUGCUGCAAGGGACCCCAAAAGACCCUUCCCUCCUCCUUUCUGGAGGGCGGAAAUACUCAGACCAUUGCGAAGAACGGGCCUCGAGACCUGGCAAGAGCCGUAUCCCCGGCCGGGACCAUCGACGCUACUACCACGAGCACUGGCGGGCCGAGUACCUGAUGGAUUUCAAUGCUGCCCGACACGGCAUGAUUUGCAUGGUGUGCGGCAGCUCUCUGGCCACUCUCAAGCUGAGCACCAUCAAAAGACACAUCCGGCAGAAACAUCCAUACUCCCUGGCCUGGAGUGCCCGUGAGAAGGAGGGCAUCAUGAACAGCUGGGAUGCCCACUUGGGACUGGAGGCUGAGACGGAUGGAGCCAGGGAGCCCGCCGAAGGAUCCGGCUCUCAGCAGGGGGGCCAAGGAGAAUUACCGCUGGACAUUGGUCGCAGGAGGAGGCGUGGUCCGGGCCCCCUGUCUUCUCGUGGGGCCUGCCGGUCCCCCAGCUUGGCCUUGAAAGGCUCUUCAGUUGGGGAGGCCCGGAACCUGGAGCGCUACCUGAAGGAGUCCCUGCAGAGCUGGUUCCAGUCCGAGUUCCUCAUGGACUACGACCCGCAGGGCAACCGUCUCUUCUGCAUGAUGUGCGGCUCUUCCUUGCCCAGCCUCAACUUGGACGACAUCAAGCGGCACGUGAUGGAGGCUCACCCCAGUUCCCUCGGCUUCAGCCCCGCGGAGAAAGCCGCCAUCCUCGAGGCCUGGAACUCCCGUGUAUCGGCACCGGUUGCCAAGGAAGGAAGAGGAGAAUCAGCAGCUGGGGAGGCAGAAGCUGAAGCAGUCCCUCAGGAUCUGAGCAUGAAAGAAGCGGAUCCAUCGCUAUCUCCCGACCCCCCUGCUGGCGAGGAAGGGUCUGAAGAGGCUGGUCCCUGGGACUCAGAAGGGAGUGGCCCGCCUGCCCCUCCCCGCGGCAGGGACCACCGGCGUUAUUUCCAGGAGCACUGGCGAGUGGAGUACUUGAUGGACUACAACGGCCUGCGCCAUGGGCUAGUCUGCAUGGUCUGCGGCAGCGCCCUGGCCACCCUCAAGAUGAGUACCAUCAAGCGCCACAUCCAGCAGAAGCACCCGGACUCUACGCAGCUCAGCCACCAGGUCAAGGCCCUCAUUGUGAGGGAGUGGAACCGGAAAGUGUCCCGCCUGGCAGAGGCCGAGGACUCCUUGCCUGAAACAGAUCCGGAGCCGGAUAAGGUUGAAGCCCAGCCUGUGCUCAAGAUGCCCACAUCCCCCAAGGAGUCCCAAGAAGGCGGAGCAUUGGUCGCGGGUGAAGAGGAGGAGGAGGAGGAGGAGGAGGAGGAACCAGCAGCGGCCAGACUGGGUCCCUCGCAGAAACCCGCGGAAGCUGUCUCCCGGCCAGCUCGUACCCGGUCCCGCAGGGGUCAGCGCCGGAACUACCAGCUGCGCUGGCGGGCGGAGUACUUGAUGGACUAUGACGAGCAACGGCACGGGCUGAUCUGCAUGGUCUGCGGGGGCACGUUGGCCACCCUGAAGGUCAGCACCAUCAAACGCCACAUCCUGCAGGUCCACCGCUUCUCCCUGGAGUACACAGCCUUGGAAAAGCAGACAAUCCUCGAAGCUUACACCGAAAAUGACCAAGCACUGAAUUCCGGGCAGCCGGGCCCCAGACCUGCGGCCAGCCUCGAUUCUGAACCCCGGGAUGUCAAACCGAACAUCCAAGGAGCAAGGAAAAUGGCGUUUGGUUACAGUCUGCCUGUAUGUACGGCGUAGCUGGAGACUCACGCCAUCCUGACCCCUUCUUGUGAACUCGACAGACCCCUGGAAUUCUAUAUUACAAAAGCUGGGUAACUGGAUUAGGUUGCGCAGAGGGCCAGGAAAAAGUGCGUCUGUUUGUCUGCAAAAAUGGUGAUUUAAUU